AUGUCACUUCUCAGCACCCUUGCCAUCGCCGUAGAACGAUUCAUCAUCUUCUAUCUUGAUCCUUUUGGAAAUCGCAAGAUCAUCACCCCAUGUCGAACGACCCUAGCAUUUUUGGUAAGCUGGGCCUGUGUAUAUGUGAUGUUUUAUCUGAUGGGCUACCUCUUCAGAGAAAGUCUGUACCUGAUUUCCAAGGUGAUUUUAUCAUCUUCAAUCUGGAUUGCCAUAACUGGAACUGCAGCCUUUUAUAAGAUCAUCUAUCAGAAAAUCAUUUCGGCGUCGAAAGGAAUUGUAGCGUCGGACACCUUUCUCCAGCGGAGGUUCAAGGUACACCAGAAGAUCAUAGUGACAUUCAGUCUUGUCGUUGGAACUACUGGAUUGUGUUGGCUCCCGCUAACAGUGACAGAGUUCUUGAAGGCGUUUCCGCAAGUUCAUGACAAAGCUUUGUUCAUCGCCCUCGACCGAAUUUUCUUCAGUAUUCUGUGCUUGAACCAGGUCUUUAAUCCGAUCAUCGUCUGGUCCAGAAUGACGGAGUUUAGGGAUAAGCUGAAGUUCUGUAGGCGAGGAGAUCGAGAGGGUGAUGGGGGUGAGAAUAAUGAGCAGACCAACCUAACAUCCGUAUCAGCCAACGUGCCAGUAAACAUUGACUCUAGAGACAAUCCCAAUUUCACAAUGUCACCAUGA